AUGUGGGCCACAGCAGGCCUCCUGCUCGCUCUCUUGGCCACUACAACCAGAGCAUGGCCCUACGAUGCAGAUCUCAUACACUACAAUCUCAACGAGAACAAGACCGCAAACACACCUGCAGAUUACUGGGGCACAUGGUCAAACCACGAAUACUUCCCGUCUCCUGACAACUGGCGUGUUCCGAUUUAUUCGUUGUUCCUUGAUCGAUUUGUCAACGGAGACCCGACAAAUGAUAAUAUCAAUGGCACAUACUAUGAGCAUGAUCUGGAUUCGACCCAGAUGAGGCAUGGAGGUGAUGUGGUUGGAUUGAUUGAUACCUUGGAUUAUCUACAGGGGAUGGGGAUUAAGGCUAUAUACCUCGCUGGAACAGCACUCAUGAAUCAGCCAUGGGGCUUUGACGGUUACUCAGCUCUUGAUACUACACUGCUGGACCAGCAUUAUGGCGAUAUCGCUACUUGGAGAUCAGCCAUCACGGAGAUCCAUAAUAGGGGCAUGUAUGUCAUUUUUGACAAUACUCUCGCAACCAUGGGCGACCUCCUCGGAUUCGAAGGCUACCUCAACACAACCGCUCCAUUCAUCCACCAGGAACACAAAGUCCAAUAUAAAAGUUCCCGGCAAUAUGUGGACUUUCACUUCGGAAACGACUACAACACUACGUGCGAAUAUCCGCGAUUCUACAAUGAGACCGGUUACCCUGUGGAUAGCUACGUGUACGACGACCUGAAGGGUUGCUAUAACAGUGACUUUGAUCAGUACGGCGACAUAGAGGCUUUCGGCGUCUUUCCCGACUACGAGCGUGAACUGGCAAAAUUUGCGUCCGUGCAGGACCGCCUUAGAGAAUGGAAUCCGUCAGUGAGAGAGAAACUUAUUCGACAUGCUUGCAUUAUUAUUGCAUCUUUAGACGUGGAUGGUUUCCGGUAUGAUAAAGCGACACAGGCAACCGUCGACGCUCUCGGUGACAUGUCUGAAGGCUGGCGUCAGUGUGCGCGAGCUCACGGAAAGGAGAAUUUUUUCUUGUCCGGUGAGAUCACUGGUGGAAACAAUUUUGGCUCUAUCUAUCUUGGCCGAGGACGACAGCCGGAUAUGUGGCCAGAUAACGUGCAGGAUGCUGUUCUCAUGACCAACGAGUCGUCAGAUAGAUACUUUAUUCGUGAGAAUGGCCAGCAAGCUAUUGAUGGAGCGGCUUUCCACUAUACGGUUUAUCGAACCCUAACUCGGUUUUUGGGUCUUGAUGGAAAUCUUGCUGCAGGUUACGAUUUACCACCUGACUGGGUUACCAUGUGGAAUCUCAUGUUGCUUUCGAAUGAUAUGGUCAAUGCGAAUACGGGAAAGUUUGAUCCUCGGCAUUUGUAUGGCACCACGAACCAGGAUGUGUUUCGAUGGCCUGCUAUCCGGAAUGGAACGGAGAAGAUGCUCCUGGGUAUGUUCAUCACAACCCUGCAUAUGCCUGGUGCACCUCUCGUACUUUGGGGCGAGGAGCAGGGCUUUUAUAUACUCGAUGCCACGGCAGACAAUUACGUCUAUGGUCGUCAAUCCAUGUCGCCGGCUACUGCAUGGUGGUCCCACGGAUGCUACAGGGUAAAUGUCACUCAAUAUUACCAGUUUCCUCUAGACUCGGCAUUAAAUGGCUGUGAGGACAUUUCGGUUACAUAUGACCACCGAGAUCCAGCACAUCCUUUACGGAAUAUCCUGAAGCACAUGUUUCAGAUGAGACAGAGAUUUCCUGUUUUGAAUGAUGGCUAUCUCUUACAAUCACUGUCGAAACAAACGCAUAAUGUCUACCUGCCUGGUUCUAAUGGAACACCAACGGAGACGGGAAUGUGGUCGGUUCUGCGUGGCCGGUUUCAGGGUAUUCAGGAUCUCGUUAACAAUCAGUCAGUUUGGUUAGUAUAUCAAAACGACAACACUACGAUUAACUACAAAUUUGAUUGCAAUAGUCAGAAUACGAAUCUGUCUCUGAUUGCGCCUUUCAAUGCCGAUACAACUGUCAAGAACCUGUUCUACCCUUAUGACGAGCAGAAACUUAAAUCGAGUCCAGUCAAACUUGGCCUUGAAGGAUCCACCGAGUAUAAUGGUUGUCUAGAUAACUUGACGAUGGUGCCAUGGGAUUUUAGAGCAUAUGUGCCCAAGGACAAAUGGGUUGGACCGUACCCCAUGAUCACGGAGUUUCAGCCUGGGCAUGAUGCUCGUAUACUGUCCAGUGUGAGGCCAGACCAGUCAGAAUCUGUACCGAUUCAGAUUUAUUUUUCGGAGCAAAUGGAUUGUCACUCGGUCACGAACUCCAUUCUGCUGAACUCAACCACGGAAUUCAAACAGAUAGCUACUCUCAAUACCUCAAGCGUCUCUUGUGAGAACAUAAACGACGGCACAACCAACUUCAUCGGGGAAAUCGCGAAUGCCUGGGUCUGGAAAGCAACCCUCGACAAUGUCUACAACGGCAUCCAUCGCAUCACUGUUUCCAACGCCAGCAGUAUCGACGGCACUACAACCAAUGCUAUUGACCACUUCCUCCUUCGAGUUGGUCAGCACGAUAAUCCGAUGAUCUUCAAUUCUGCAAACUAUUCCACUAGUCUGCUACACAAGGAUAACAAUGGUACUUUAUACGUACAGCAUCAUGCCGCCGGAGCUGAUAUGUGGCGGUAUUCAACGAAUUGGGGAUCGUCGUUUUCGACUUGGUUCCCUUAUACAGGUGGCAAUGAUACCAUAACGGAGCUUGCUUGGUCGGGCACUUCUAUGCAAGAAUGGACUGGGAGCCAUGUGCGUGUUGAGUACUUUAGCAAAGUAUCUGGUAGUAGCGACUAUGUCCAGGAAGGUGACAGUGACUGGAAAUCUUCAUUUCCGCGCAGAUUCCCCCAUUUAUUCUGGAACGGUCCUUACAAUCAAUAUGGGUUUGAUGCUGGAUUGAAGAAUGAGAUGAUCCAAGAUUUGGAUGACGGUCUGUGGAAAGUUAAGUUCUUGACUGAGUGGCCUGCUCAGGGCCAGGUUAAUAUCUGGGGCAUCAAUCCCGACGGUCAACCCGAUCAAGGUUGGGUGUUUGGCGAUGCUGAUGGGGAUUCUGUUCUAGAUCGUUUACCUCCUUCGUCUCUGUCUGCAGUGACUAUCAAUAUCACGCACCCACCGCCUUCAUCGUAUCUUGGCUGGGAGAUUAGGAUCCACGAUGGUACCCAGCGAUUUGAAUUGCUUCCUGUUGGCUCUGCAAACAUUCAGAUCAUUAUUUUCUCUCUCUUCUUAAUCGUCCCCAUCCUCUCCGCCUCAUUUGGUAUCUGGCUCUUCAUGAAAUCGUUCUAUCGCGUUAAAUUCAACCAAAUUGGUGUGACUGAGAAAACCCAUGUCCUGCCCCUAGCAGUACGUAGAAGGCUGAAAAAAGCAAGACUAAACGGCAUCGAAGUCAAAAACCCCUUCUUGCGUCUCGCCAAUCGCUCCGGCUUCCUACAAACAACAUCCGCCUUUGCAGGUGCAACAAGCGGUGAGCGUCAACGAAUGGUUAUGAUCGCAACCAUGGAAUACGACAUUGAAGACUGGGCUAUCAAGAUCAAAAUCGGCGGAUUGGGUGUGAUGGCGCAGCUAAUGGGUAAGAAUUUGAGUCACCAGGACCUGAUAUGGGUUGUUCCUUGUGUUGGAGACGUCGAAUACCCCGAAGACCAACCUGCGGAGCCGAUGUUCGUCACUGUUUUGGGCAACUCGUACGAAGUCAAAGUUCAGUACCAUGUUUUGCGGAAUAUCACCUAUGUCCUGCUUGAUGCGCCGGUGUUUCGGCAACAGACCAAAACGGAACCCUAUCCAGCACGCAUGGAUGAUUUGGAUAGUGCGAUUUACUAUUCGGCUUGGAAUCAGUGUAUUGCCGAAGCCAUGAAACGUUUCCCGAUCGAUCUGUAUCAUAUUAAUGAUUAUCAUGGAUCGUUGGCUCCGUUAUACCUUCUACCGCAGACCAUACCCGCUUGUUUGUCACUACACAACGCUGAGUUCCAAGGGCUAUGGCCAAUGCGCACACAGAACGAGAAAGACGAAGUUUGUUCCGUGUUUAAUCUCGAUGUUAACGUUGCCACACGUUACGUCCAGUUCGGUGAAGUCUUCAAUCUGUUACAUGCAGGCGCUAGUUACCUGAGAGUCCAUCAACAAGGCUUCGGCGCCGUAGGUGUCUCAAAGAAAUACGGGAAACGAUCUUAUGCUCGUUAUCCCAUCUUCUGGGGUCUCAAGAAAGUCGGCAACCUGCCUAACCCUGAUCCAUCUGAUACCGCGGAUUGGGACAAGUCUGUCCCUAAAGAAAGCGAUUUCACUGUUGAUCAAGACUUUGAAGUUGGAAGAGUCGAACUCAAGCGACAGGCACAGGAGUGGGCGGGCCUGGAUCAAAACCCAGAUGCUGAUUUGUUGGUCUUUGUUGGCCGUUGGUCGAUGCAAAAGGGUAUUGACCUUAUUGCUGAUGUUAUGCCGUCCGUUCUUGAGGCAAGGCCGAAUGUGCAGUUGAUCUGUAUUGGACCUGUUAUUGAUCUCUAUGGCAAAUUCGCUGCGUUGAAAUUGGAUCAUAUGAUGAAGCUCUAUCCUGGACGAGUGUUUUCCAGACCCCAGUUUACGGCGCUACCGUCGUACAUCUUCUCCGGUGCGGAGUUUGCAUUGAUUCCUUCCCGAGACGAGCCGUUUGGUCUGGUGGCUGUUGAGUUUGGUCGCAAAGGUGCGUUAGGUAUUGGCGCCCGUGUUGGUGGAUUGGGUCAGAUGCCUGGUUGGUGGUAUACUGUUGAAUCUACCACUACCUCUCACUUGCUUCAUCAAUUCAGACUCGCGAUUGACGGUGCCUUGAAUUCGAAGACCAAGGUCCGCGCAGAAAUGCGUGCUCGAUCGGCGAAGCAGCGCUUCCCAGUUGCGCAGUGGAUCGAGGACCUGGAGAUUCUCCAGAUUACGUCUAUCAGAAUCCACACGAAAGAGACUAUCAAGUCGAAUGGACAGAUUUCCACACCGAUGGGGUAUCGCACUCCUGGUGAAUCGAUCAGUACACCGUUGUACCUGCCACCAUUGGGUCAUCACCUUGGUACCCAUACUCCUCCACUCAUCGAGUCAGGAAGUAUGGGAUACUCAAGCUUGCGGCAAAGCAGUCUUGGUCCACAGCAGCGGAACACGAUCGUUUACAGCAGGGAUCCCAGCCCCGAUGGAGAAGAUCGACGUACUUCAAGUUUAUUCCGUCAGUUGUCUCUGGGUGUACGGGCUGGACCUGGCCAUACGGCUGUAAUUGAGCGACGAAACAAACUUCGUAGGAAGAGUCAUGUUGCUGCUUCUGAAGAAGUGACUGAUAGCGAGCGCGAGGGUGAUUAUGAGACUGAAGAUGAGAACCUGCAGUCUUAUUUCACAGAAGACGAAUUUACCAUGGCACCCGAAAAUGGCGAUAUGAGUCGGCGAAUGGACGAUGAGCACAGUCUUCCAUCGCCUGCCCAUACCCUCACUGCUAGUCAGGUCAACGGUCACUACUACCCUUAUGUCCCAGCAUCACCUGGCUUUUCAGAGGGCGAUGAUACCCUCGCACCACCCAGCAGACCAUUCGCGGAUGUUCCCAACCGCCUCAGCAACUCAUCCGUGUUGUCGUUUGACUCCGUAGUCGGCGACAAGAAAAACUUCAAACUCCAAAAAGUUGACCCUUUCUUCACUGAUGCUACGGGCGAAUUCUACCGCAUCUUUGAGAAGAAACUCGAAGACCUCAAUGGGUCAAACUCUGACUCACAAUUGUGCAUCGAAGAAUUCCUGGUCAAGAGCGAGAAGAAAUGGUACGACAGGUUUCGGGCUGCUCGUUUGGGGAGAGAUUGGUCACCUGUCUCAUCGAUUAAAGGUAAAGGGAUACUCACUUCCCCGGCGAACUCAGUUUCGAAUGGGGAUAGCAACAGUGACAUCCAAAAGGGUGGCGAUGAGUUCUUCUUGGGAGAAGACUAUAAACCACCCAAGGGACUCAAGAAAUGGAUGCAACUUCGCAUUGGUGACUGGCCUAUAUAUUCCCUCUUCCUGGGUCUAGGCCAGGUCAUCGCAGCGAAUUCGUAUCAAGUCACUCUUCUCACAGGCCAAGUUGGUCAAACACCCGAGAAACUGUACGCAAUCGCUACCACAUACCUCCUCACAUCUAUCGCUUGGUGGUUCGUCUUCCGAAGCUUCAAGUCCGUCGUCGCCCUCUCAACGCCAUGGUUCUUCUACGGCCUCGCCUUCCUGCUCAUCGGUGUCGCACACUUCGAGCAUGACUCCGUCAAUCGUGACUGGAUCCAAAACUUCGCAAGCGGUGUAUAUGCAACUGCCUCAUCCAGUGGUUCAAUCUUCUUCUCUCUUAAUUUUGGCGACGAGAGUGCCGCACCUGUCAAAGACUGGGUUUUUAGGGCAUGCAUUAUCCAAGGAACUCAACAACUAUAUAUCGUUGCGCUGUGGUAUUGGGGUUCUUCACUAUCCAAACAGACGCAAGCCGGCCUCACAGCCGUACAGCCCAUAGUCAACAGCUGGAAAAUCACCGCUAUAACCGUGCCCAUUGCAGUCAUGCUCUGGGCAAUUGGUAUCUUGCUCGCAUUCGGGUUACCAGACUACUAUCGCCAGACGCCCGGAAAAGUAGCGUCGUUCUACAAAUCGAUUUUCAGGCGCAAGAUCAUCAUGUGGUUCUUUGUCACUGUCCUAAUUCAAAAUUUCUUUCUGUCUGCCCCCUACGGACGAAAUUGGAGCUUUUUAUGGAGUUCCAAGCACGCCUCAACAUGGCAGAUUGUUCUCCUUGUCGUCUUGUUCUUUGUGCUUGUAUGGGGCAUAAUGCUAGAAAUCAUGUUCUUCCUCUCCAAAUCCCAUAGCUGGAUCUUGCCCGUCUUCGCAAUUGGCCUUGGAGCACCGCGAUGGGCGCAGAUAUGGUGGGGAACAUCGAACUUGGGCCAAUAUAUCCCCUGGGCUGGAAGCUUUGUCUCCGGUGCCCUUGUGUCACGCAGUCUGUGGCUUUGGCUCGGUGUUCUUGAUUCGUUGCAAGGUGUCGGGUUCGGAAUGAUUCUAUUGCAGACUUUGACACGGUUGCACAUCUGCUUCGUUCUUCUUGGAGCGCAGGUGCUGGGCUCUAUUGCGACGAUUGCAGCGCGUGCUGCGGCGCCGAAUAAGAUUGGCCCCGGCGAUAUUUCGCCUGAUAUUGGGACGGGGAUCAAUAGUAUUUGGGUGGCAUGGUUUUGGGUUGGGCUGUUUUUUCAGAUUUUGAUUUGUGGUGGGUUCUUCAUGUUCUUCCGUAAAGAGCAAUUACACAAACCCUGA